AUGUCUAUCAAGGCAAAGAGCUGUUUCGAAUUUACUCUACAAGAUCUUUCAAAGCUUCCCCCAAAGGUCUAUAGUCCUCCUUUCGCAACCAGUCAUGAUACAUUUUGGCAAUUGAAGUUUAAGCCAACAUCUCAAGAUUACCCUGAACAUUGUUCUGUAUACUUAGUGGCUCUUCCGAACCAAGAAGAGGUGAACACAACGUCGACAUGGCCGAAUCGAGCACAAUAUUCCGCUGAUAUUUAUCUAAAGAACCCGAGAACCUUUCUUAUAAUCAAGAAAAUGAGUCUGGAUACCAGCAAAUUUUCCGCGAUAAAACCAUUAAGAGGCAUGUAUCGUUUACGUUGGAACAGAUUUUGUAAGAAAAGUCUAAUGAUAUACGACGAUUUAAUUCUCGGGGUAGAAUUUGAUACUACGGAAUUUCAGCCGAAUGAUCUGAAGCCAUCUUUUCCUGGGAAUGGUAAACCAUUUCCUAAUGAUCUUUUACAGGCUUGGGGUGAACAGCUAAAUAAACUUGAAACUGCUGAUGUCGAAUUUAGAGUACAGGGAGUCUCUAUCUAUGCAAAUACCUCGAUACUAUCCAAACGAUCACAAUUGGAUGAGUUUGGCACGAGGGACAAUAUGUCAACGGACAUCCUUGCGAAUACUCUUGAUGACAUGAAGCUCGUGCAAAAGACCAAUGAAAAAAUUGUCAUUCAUGUCAUGGACUUUCAUCCUAACACGUUUAUCGAAAUGUUACGCUACCUAUACACGAAUCAGGUGGCUUUCGGGCGAGAAGAUUCACACCGAAGCGCAAUUGAUAUCUACAAGAUUGCGGACAAAUAUCUCAUAGACACGCUGCAACAGAUCGCUAAAGUAAAAUUGUGCAAAAGUGUCAAUAUUGAGAAUGCUGCUCAAUUCCUAUUUGGAACUGCAUGGCAAUACGAAGAGCUCAAGGAACACGUGAUGAACUAUGUGGUGCAAAAUUUCAGGAGUGUUCAGAAAACACGAGGAUGGUUAGAAAUUACUUCAAAUCCGGGAGAUUAUCCUUAUUUUGGUGAUUUAUUAAACGAAAUCCUACGAGGGGUGUUAACAGACGGCGACUCAGAAUAUAGUGAUUCAUGA